AUGUCUACCACUCCCUCAUCUCUACGCUUGGAUCCGGAUCUCUUUGAUCCUAGCUGGGUUGCUUUGCCUAACGACAAGGGUGCCACUGGCGGACUGUCGUUUGCUUCAACCCAGAUACGCAAUAGCUGGAUCGUCAGACUUGAUUUCAGGCAAAAUUCGGCACCGAAGGGGGAGAAGAGCCACGGAACUGGAUUUUACGUCAAUAUCCCGGGUACCAAAGCCCACGUUAUCCUCACUGCCGCGCAUAAUCUCGUUGAUAAGCAAAAUAAGCCGUCUCAGGAUUUGCAGUUUUAUGACCCCUUACAAUGCGCCAUUAUCAAACCCGGAGAUCCGGACAUCUUCGUAUCCCCUUCAUACUUGUCAAGGCCACGGACCGAAACUGACUUUGGAGCAAUCCGUGUACCGACCAGCACGUCUGUAUCCCGUGGGUUUGGAUUUGCUUUGAAACUUGCCGAGGAAAGCCUGCGUGAUAAAAGUCUACAGAUUUGCGGAUUUCCCUCGGACUGCACUCGACCUGAACCAUCUACCAGCUCUGGGGACUGCAAGCGCUGGAAUCGGAGUCGCCUAGAAUACCAGAUAGCCACGGCAAAGGGGUUGAGCGGGGCACCGGUAUUUAUGCCAUUCAAGGGUCAUGACACGGUUGUUGGUAUUCACGAGACGGUCCUGGAGCAAAUCUUCCGAUGGCUGGGGGUAAGCCACGAAGAGAAGGCUCUCAGAGUCUUUCCUUCCAAAGACGCACCUCUUGAGGGUCUAUAUCUUCGCUUUCCUCCAUUCGAGCAACAUGGCUGGGUACGCCUGGGAGAGCAGGGCCUUGAAACCACUUUUGAUAUCUUCCCAGCCUACGCACCCACAUCAAACCUGACCGGCAAACCCACUUAUGUAUUUCGGUUCCGACAUCCGCGCGGAUGGCCUCAAUCGAGAGAGAAGCAGCGAUGGGUUCUCUGGGAUUACGUGAGGCAAGUCGUGACGCUGACUGAUAAGUUAGAAGACUGCUGUUUCCCCUAUAUUGUCCGGAUCGAGCCAAAGAAAAAUUCAAAGAAGAAACCAACAAACAAUUCCGAGAUGUUUCGUAUUGUGCUAGAGCGCAAGGAUCCAGAGAACCCUGCUGAUAUAGGCCAGCUUGUUGAGUUUCGCAUGGCGAAUUUUUUACUUAAAGAGGAAGAUAUCGAGAUGGAAGAGAUGGAUACACCAGAGGUGGGGUUUAUGAAGCAUUAUAUCAAUAAACCUGCUAAGGUAUGUUUUAAGGCAGCUGUUCAGUCCCUUUGGAUUUCGACUAAUGAGGGCUGUUAG